AUGGCAACAAUAACCAUUUCCCGGCCCAUUACACCCCAUCGGCCGACAUCCAACAUCGGCUCUCUCACGACGCCGACGAUUACACUUGAUGGCCACUCUACGCAGUGUCCCGCUCCCGUGCCCAACAAGCACAUUCCUGUGUGCCCGCCGGGGCCGAUUCCCCAAGAAAAGCCGACCACACCGCCCCUGUCUCCGGUCAAAGAGGAGGACCAGCUGCAACGUUCGCUGUUAUAUCCCCCGGACAAGUUCCCACGGGUGGACAUGGGCAGUCUGUCACUCUACAAGGUGGACGCCGACGACGUGGCUGCCGCCCUGGAUCAUCUCGCGCGACAGCCCCUGCCCGACCCCUCCCGGGUCUUCCCCUGGCUCCAUGGCCUCCAUCCGGACAACCAUGUUCAGCAGACCUUCUUCAUGGCCCGGAGACGCUCCCAGAGGCGGACGCCUCCCUGCCUCCGCGGGAUUACCGUUGUCAAGGCUGACGGUAACUUGGACGCUUCGCGUCUGAAGGGCGCCAUCGCGCCGCAUGAGUUCCUCCAAGUCGGGAGCGCCACCGUCGAGUUCCUCGAGGUUGAUCCCCGGGACGGCUUCUCCGUGCGCAAUUUCCAGAUACAGGCGGCUAAAUCGGCCAUGACCUCCGAUAUCAUCGUCUAUGGCGACGACGAUGCGGCUGUGCGCAAGCUUGCUUGGGACAUUGCCGGCGCCCAGCAGAGAUGGCGCGACAGGAACGAAAUCCUGCGCCAGCACGUGCCCAGGUACAACACCUUUGUCUGCGUCAGCCCGUUUGCCGAGAUCCAGGACAAACACCCCGAGAUCGUGGCCGUCAACGCGGAGGGGUUGCUGACGGGCAACGUGCUAGAUUUCUUCAACCAGGAGAGGAGGGAGAUGUACGAGAUGACGCGGGCGUCAGAGAUCUCGCACAACGUCUGGCUGGGGCCGUCGCCCGAGUCCGGAUCGGAGGAGGAGCAGGACUACGACGUCCUGAUAGAGUGCAGCGACUUGGGACGACUGAACCCUGCUCUGCUGCAAAGCAUCGCUGAGGCCCCUGACGACGAGACUAAGCACUUCCACGUAGACUUCCCCUCCUCCGGGAGCAUCCUCGCUCCUACCUGGUCCCAUGCCGAAGCAGACGGCAUCAUAGAGACCUGCAAAUGGAUCUACCACCUCGCUCACGGCACCCGUCCUGCUCUCCCCACCCCCACGAAGGACCAGCAACAACCAGAGGAACAGCAACCCGAGGUGGAAGUCGACGCUGACGGUGACACUCCCAUGACAGCAACGACUGUCUCGUCAGCUCCCCCCUGCCCGACCUCCCGUCCGCGCAAAAUACUCAUCCACUGCGGGGACGGCUACACAGAAUCCACCAUGCUCGCCGUGGCUUACCACAGCUUCAGCAUGGGCCGUCCCGUGCCGGACGCCUGGCUGGACCUGCACACGACCCAGCAGCGCAACUGCUUCGCCUAUCCAUCCGACGUGGCCAUGCUGAGCGCCAUCACGCCACGGCUGCUGCAAGACUCACCCGCACGAUCCGGGCAAGGACAACAACUCUCCCUGACGGAGAUCGGCGAACUGGCGCGCAACGAGCCGCGCUGGUUCGCUGCCGGGUUCGACGGCUCCUUCCCCAGCCGCAUUACGGAGUAUAUGUACCUCGGCAACCUGGGUCACGCGAACAACCCGGAUCUGCUGCGGGCCAUGGGCAUCGGGCAGAUCCUGAGCGUGGGCGAGACGGCCAUGUGGCGCGACGGUGAGCUCGAGGCGUGGGGCCCCGAGAAUGUCUGCGUCGUGCAGGGGGUGCAGGAUAACGGCAUUGACCCCCUGACGAGCGAGUUUGAGCGAUGUCUGGCCUUCAUUGACCGCGGCCGCACAAACAGCACAGCAACGCUGGUGCACUGCCGCGUCGGCGUCUCGCGCAGCGCCACCAUCUGCAUUGCCGAGGUCAUGCGCAGCAUGGGCUUGUCGUUCCCGCGGGCAUACUGCUUCGUGCGCGCGCGACGGCUGAACGUCAUCAUCCAACCGCAUCUGCGGUUCGCGUACGAGCUGCUCAAGUGGGAGGAGCUGCUGCGUGCCGGCGACAGUACGAGCGAGGAAGCAGGCGGCUUCAAGAGGGAGCUCGAGUGGGCCGAGAUUGCGCGCGAGAUCGCUCUGAUGAACAGGCCUUACGCGCGAUGA